UAGCUGGGCCCAUCUGCUCCCCGACAGCGCGUUCCCGUGUGGUGUGGGGUCGCACCUGUCCCUCGGCGCUGCCCCGGGGAACUGGCGGGGUGAAGUUCCGGGCAGCAGGUGUGUGCAGACGCCCCCGGGGAGUCUCAGAGGCCGGAGACGGAACUAGCACGGGAGAGGGGGAAGGCAGCGUGAGAUUCCAAGUCCCUCCUCCUCCCCCUCGCAGUUUCAUGGCGGGAGCGGCUCGGCGCGGCUGGGGGCUACGCACGGAAUCGCUGGGACCAUGGCCUCGCCCUCCGCUCGAGGCCAGGUCCCAGCGCGCCUGCAGUACGGCGUUCAGCUGCUCUUCGUGACCGAGGAGCAGUUCUUCAGCGCUGGGCAACUCUCGCCUGCCAACUCGCAGGCUCUGCGGCUGGAGGUGCUCUUGGCAGAGGACGAGGCGACCGCGACGGUGAUUGACGAGAAUGGCACCUGCAUCCUUAAAUGCUUCCUCAACAGAGACACUGAGUGUUGCCGUGUGGGCAAGGAGUCCGUCUUGAUUGCUCGGGGGCGUAGCACUGCUUUGCUGAAGUUUGAAUCUCAUGCUGAGUUCAGUGCAUUUUCAAAUAUCUUGAAAAGAUGCCGGAAUCAGAAAAAGGAGUGUUCAGUGUUCAGCCAGCGGACAGAAGAGGCAUCUGCAGCACAGUACUUCCAGUUUUAUGGCUGCAUUUCCCAGCAGCAGAACAUGAUGCAAGAUUUCGUGAGGACAGCCACCUACCACAGAGCCAUCCUCCAGAACCACAGUGACUUUAGAGACAAGGUUGUGCUAGAUGUGGGCUGUGGAUUGGGAAUACUGUCUUUUUUUGCCGUACAGGCUGGCACUAAGAAAGUCUAUGCAGUUGAAGCCAGUUCGGUAGCACAAUAUGCGGAGAUACUAGUGAAAAAUAACCAGCUUUCAGACAAGAUCAUUGUUUUGCCAGGAAAAAUGGAAGAAAUCUCACUUCCCGAGGCCGUAGAUGUGAUUAUUUCUGAACCAAUGGGAUACAUGCUGUUCAACGAAAGGAUGCUAGAGAGCUAUCUUCAUUCCAAAAAAUGGCUAAAAUCGAAUGGAACGAUGUUCCCAACAUUCAGUGACAUCCACUUGGCCCCCUUUUCUGAUGAACAGCUCUACAUGGAACACUACUCAAGAGCCAACUUUUGGUACCAGCAGUGCUUCUAUGGGGUCAACCUGUCCAGUCUCCGGGGUGCAGCAAUAGAUGAAUACUUCAGACAGCCUAUAGUAGACACAUUCGAUGUUAGGAUUUUGAUGGCUCGGACAAUCAAAUACACAGUCAACUUUCUGGAUGCCAAAGAGGAAGAUCUACAUAGAGUAGAAAUCCCCUUUGUGUUUCAGAUGGUGCAAUCUGGCCUCAUCCAUGGCCUGGCCUUCUGGUUUGAUGUGGCCUUUGUUGGAUCCCUGGUAACAGUUUGGCUGUCAACAGCUGCAACCGAGCCUCUGACUCAUUGGUAUCAGGUGCGCUGCCUUCUUCAAACUCCUCUCUUUGCCAAGGAAGGGGAGACGCUCUCAGGGAAAGUGCUGCUUGUAGCCAAUAAACAGCAGAGCUAUGACAUUCAGAUUGUGGCCCUGGUGAACCAAACAGGCUUCAGGUCUGGGAAUGUCCUGGAUUUGAAGAACCCAUUCUUUAGGUUUGCUUAGAAGACAGUUGCAAGCAAGUAAUAAGUAAAACGAAGGACUGACAAGUUCAUCAACAUCCAAGUUCUUAUUUCACAUUCUAUGCAUUCUAAAUUUUACAAGGAUGCUUCAUUUUAUGCAAUUCAUUUCCUAACUCAAAAAUUUACAUCCUAAAUUAACAAACACAUUUUUGAUGCUUCUUGGACUGGAUCUUCAUAGCUUCUUACAUGUGCCUGAAGAACAAUUUUUUAAAAAAAUUGGUUUAUCUUUACUGUUAUCUUAACAAAGCCAACAGCACUGCUUUAAUUUUUGAAGUAUUUUCAAGAAAUUUAAGAAAACUCUACCUCAUAUUUAUAUAUAUGUGCAUUUGUAUGACUGAUACGAUAGCAUGUUAGGAGUGAUCCUCUAUUUACAAUUUUAAUCUACUAUUGCAAAUAUUUUCAGCUAAUCAACAACGAGUUCUAAAGUUCACUUGUGUGUUAAGAACACUUGCCUUAUUCAUGUAAUGAAGUAAUAUGAUGUCAGGAAUAUUCUUUAUUGACAGCAGUUGAUGAGUCUCUGUGUUGUUAAGGAAAUAGAAGGAGCCUUUGUCAGUUCUCUUAGGUUUACAAUAAAAAUGUGCAGCAUGAAAUACCAGCUCGGUGUCUCCUUUACUUGAAGAUAUUUGUAUGUGUCACAUGUCAAAUGGUGAUGAAGAAUGAUCUUUCCAAGAGCAUGUUUUCCCUUGGUCCAAGCAACCCUUAUAAAAAUGGAUGUCACAUCAAUACAGCAGCCUAAUGAAGCCCACCAGGCAACUGUUUACUCUGUAGGGAGAAGCGGGAUAAACAGCAACCACAUAGUCUCAUCUAUCAGCUGUUCACCCAGAGCCUUCAGCUCUCCACUCGGGUGCUUCUGCUCAUUCUGACCACUCAGUUUGAAAUGAUCUCCCUGUCUGUCCACAUGAAUGAUCUUACAGCACUGCAGGGCUGGCAUCAGAUGCCCCCUUACCAACUUCCCUUACUGAUCACCUUCUCUACUCUCUGAAAGUAGCCCCUCCCACCUUUGACAUACCCGCUGGUCCCUUCCCUUCCCUAGGCCUUUCUUGGCCGUAUUUUACCACUUUAUCCUACACACACACACACACACACACAC